GGCCGAGGCCCGGCGGGGGGAGGCCGGCAGGCUGUGAGGGAAGGAGGCCGGCUCGGUGUGAGGCGGCGGGGCCGGAAGGCGCUGCCCUGCCCGCAUGGCCGCGGGUGGCACCGCGGAGCUGUGCAGCGUCGAGCGCGGCCCCGGGGCCUCGCAGCGCCGCGGCAUGAGGAGGGACGGCGCCGGGGACCCCUUCUGGCCCAGGCCCACGUGCCGCGUGUGGAUGGCGAUGCUGCUGCUGGGGACGUGCCUGCUGUACUGCGCCCGCGUCACCGUGCCCAUCUGCGCCGUCGCCCUGAGCGCUCACUUCGGCUGGGACAAGAAGCAGUCGGGCGUCGUGCUCAGCAGUUUCUUCUGGGGCUACUGCUUGACGCAGAUCAUCGGAGGACAUAUCAGUGACCAAAUAGGAGGAGAGAAAGUCCUCCUCCUCUCAGCGUCAGCCUGGGGCUUCCUGACAGUCAUCACCCCGCUGCUCAUGCACAUCUCUUCUGCCCAUCUCAUCUUCAUGACCUGCUCCAGGUUCCUCAUGGGGCUGCUGCAAGGGGUCUACUUCCCAUCGCUGGCCAGCCUGCUGUCCCAGAGGGUCCGGGAGAGCGAGCGAGCCUUCACCUACAGCACGGUGGGGACCGGCUCGCAGUUCGGGACGCUGGUGAUCGGUGGUGCAGGAUCUCUGCUCCUGGACUGGUACGGCUGGGAGAGCGUCUUCUACUUCUCUGGUUUGCUCACGCUGCUCUGGGUUUACUGCACCUGCAAGUACCUGCUGACGGAGAAAGAACUCACCAUCCCCAUAGAAUAUUUAACGAGAGGCCUCUCGAUGUCCAAGCAGAGCAAAGUGCCCUGGAAGCAGCUGUUUACGAAGGCACCCAUAUGGGCUGUCAUCAUCGCUCAGCUUUCUACAUCCAGCACGUUUUUCACUCUCCUCUCCUGGCUGCCAACUUUCUUUAAGGAAACUUUCCCCGAGUCAAAGGGUUGGGUGUUUAACGUAGUCCCCUGGCUGGUUGCAAUUCCAACAGGCUUGUUCAGUGGAUUUCUGUCUGAUCAUUUAAUUAACCAGGGGUACAAGACCAUCACCGUUCGUAAGUUCAUGCAGGUCAUCGGCUCCGGCGUCUCCAGCAUUUUUGCUCUGUGUUUGGGCCAGACAUCCAGCUUUUGCAAAGCCAUAGUGUUCGCCUCGGCCUCGGUCGGACUCCAGACCUUUAACCACAGUGGUAUUUCAGUAAACGUGCAAGAUUUGGCCCCCUCCUGCGCUGGCUUGCUGUUCGGUGUUGGAAAUACAGGUGGAGCCCUCCUAGGAGUCAUCUGUGUGUACUUAGCUGGCUACCUGAUCGAAACGACGGGCUCCUGGACUUCUGUCUUCAACCUGGUGGCUGCUGUCAACAGCAUCGGGCUCUGUGCAUUCCUGGUGUUUGGGGAGGCCCAGCGCGUGGACACGGACUCCGCGUACAUUGACCUGUAGAGAGGAGUCCAGCGAGCAGAGGAAGGAUAGGGGAGCAUCACGUCUAUGUGUCAUUGUUGCACAAGUGCCAAAGAAUAUUAUUUUUUGUAGGUAUUUAACAAAAAAUACUGAGACCAAGUACUUAGCGGGUCUGAAUGAAUCCCGCAGCAGAAAAGACUUCUAGAGUUUAUUUUUUGUGCUCAGGGCAUGGCUGAUGGCCUGUAGAGCCAUCCAGCUCAACGUCUCCAGUGAGAUUUUGGCCUUGGUUUGCCCCAGUCCGUUUCCAGUGGACAAACACCCAGGUGGGCUGCCCUGCUCGGUGGGGCUGCAGUUUGCACUCCCAGCUUAUCGAUGGAGCUGCUUUGCCGUGCGGAGCGUCGCUCCCUCCAUGCUCUGCCUCCCUGUGAUCGCGUGGAGGACUGCCAGCUCGUGGACCACCACUCAACACAUUUUGUCUGAACUAAAAGAAAGGAAGAACCCCAAAGAACGUACCUCUGACCUUAACCGUCCCUCGCGUGCCUUCAUUUUACAGCCCGGGUGCACAAGGGAAUGGGUUGUGAGACGAAUCCAAGCCUUCCCUUUGCGGCACGCGAGGGUUUCUGGCUGGGUGCCUGCUGUGCACCUUGGGCAGGAGGUUGCAUCCGUUCUGCAGACCACACCAGACUGCUCACAGCAGCCCAAGGGCUCCCUCCGUGCCCUGGCUGCUCUGCUCCGUGUCCGAGCCUGGCAGGACAUGGGACAGCCGCGCGGUGUGGGUGCAGCCCAGCAGUCCUCUGGGACCCCUUUUGCUGUGAAUGUAGAGGAAGGAUAGGUCAUGCUCAGUGCUACGGGUCCGUGCUCCCAAACGCUCUCUGCUCCAUCAGACGUGUCCUUCACGUGCUCUCAGAGGGGUGUAGGAGACUUUCCAAAGAGCCUGCAGUGGGCACGUUUUGUUUCUACUUCAAGCAUAAAGUGAAUUUCUGCAUUGGGGACCCAUAGUACUGGGUGUGGAUCCGUGCUGUUCCCCAUGUCUAGGGGAAAUACGUGUCUGUUCACACCUCUGAGCCUGAAUGUCUUAAGUUAUUUAUAAAUAUUUUUAAAUUUAACUACCAAAUUCUAUAUUUUAUGUACUUGAGGCCUGAUUCUGCAUGCUUAUUUUCUGUGGUACUCCCACCGAAACCCACAGUAUUUCCAGAGGGGAAGGAUUUACCAGCCUACAGUUUCUGGUUUUGUGGGCUCUAUUUUAAACGUGACAUUUAAUAUUAAAGUAAGUCGUUGUUUUUCCUCCCACCCCUUGCUUGCAGCCCAAGUUUUGGAGCUGAGAACAAUUCAGUGCUGCUCGGUUAGUGAGGAGGGCACAGCCAGCAUCACGGCUUUGGCUUUACAGCUGCUGAAACUGUACUCACAGAGCAGGAAAGCUAUAGAUUCUGAUUCACUGUCCCUAAAAAAAAACCAAAAAUCCUGCUUUUCCUUUUGUUUGGGCCAGAUUUCUUGGAAGAGACCUUGCUGUUUCUGAAUAGAUGGGCUGAUAAUGAAAAUACUUAACUGCAGAGACGGUAAUGGGUGCCGCUAAGCUGAGCUGAGCUAGUUAUUGGGGGUAUUAAGAGAUAAAGAUACAGCUGCCUGGUGUCUUCUCGAGGGAAGAUAGCAUCGUUGUGGUCUAAGCUGGGGCCAGAGAGAUGAGUACUUUUUUCUUCUUCUUUGCUUUUUUCCCUAAAAGGCCGUUUGCUGCCAUGGGUCCAGCCCUGUGGCUGGGGUGCUGCAGAGCCAGGACCCGGAUGCUGCUGUGAAGCUUCUUAAAAUCAACAGGUAACAGGGGAGGGCAAAUGGAGCCCAGGCUGGCCAGCCAGGCAUCUCUGCCAGCCCUGUCCCUCCUCCUAGCUGAGCAGCUUGCUUGCACGUCCUUUCAUAUAGCAACACAGAAAAAAAAAUGUUUUUUUUUGUUUUUUUUUAAACGUCUUGGCCAUUCAGUGGUGCAACUCAGGAGAACAAGGAGUGUAUUCCGGUUCUUUUUUCUGCUUACACCGUUUCUUGUGGAAGAGUUGAAUUCGGUUUAAAUCACUCAUGUUCAGAUGAGGCAGCUGGGCCACCUCUUGGAUCUGCAGGCUGGGAGAUGUGGAACUGAGAUCAUCAAAGGAAAGUCCCAGGUGAUCAAACCGAUGAUGCUGGCUGUGCCUUCCUUGUACAACAGCUAGCGCUCUGGUGGGUUGUCUGCAUUAUCCAUUUCUGUAAACUGGCCAAGAAGUUGUAGAUCUGAGGCUCAGGUUUCAUUACGUUCAUACAUCUUCAGCAGAGUAUUGAAACCCUUUUGCAUAUCUGUACGGUUAUUAGUUUAAGCAGCCUUGCCAAAGCUUGCUGUCAGAGUUUUUUUUGUUAUGGAAGGACCUGAAAAAUAAAGGCAGCAAAUCAUUUGCA